UGCAGUAGUGUACGAACGUUUGAGAGUGACUGUCUUAAAAGCUAAAAUGCCGUUUCUGGAGGACCGUGACUUGGAAGAUGUACCAAGGAUCAAGGAAUAUUAUGAAGGAAAGACAAUUUUCAUAACUGGAGGUUCUGGGUUUAUGGGCACAAUUUUAAUAGAGAAACUCCUCUACUCAUGUACGGAUUUGGAGAGGAUAUACUUGCUCCUCAGGAGCAAGAAGGGAGUCAAAUCAGAAGAAAGAUUAGCAGAGAUGUACAAAAGUCCCUGUUUUGACCGCCUUCGCAAAGAAAGACCUGGCGUUUAUGAAAGCAAAGUAUUCUUCGUGACUGGUGAUGUUUCUGAACUUGGAUUGGGUCUCUCUGAAGAAGACAGAACACUGUUAAUAAAUCGAGUGAACAUAGUUUUCCAUGUGGCUGCUAGUGUAAGAUUCAAUGAUACACUGGACUUUGCGGCUAAAUUAAACUUACGAGGCACCAGGGAAAUGGUAGACUUGGCGAAGGAAAUGCUACAUCUUGAGAGCUUCGUUCACGUGUCCACCAGCUACUCGAACACCAAUCGGGAGACGAUAGAGGAGGUCGUGUAUCCCCCCCACGCUGACUGGAGGGACACGCUAGCUAUAUGUGAGGCUGUGGACCCAGAGACGCUGAAGAUAUUGACUCCUAAAUACCUCGGAGAACUCCCAAAUACUUAUGUCUUCACGAAACAGUUAGCAGAACACGUGAUUUAUGAGAACAGAGGCAAAAUACCGGCUGUAAUACUUCGACCAUCUAUAGUAAUUUCAUGUCACUUGGAGCCCUUACCUGGUUGGAAUGCAAACUUAAAUGGACCAGUUGGAAUUUUGGUUGCAUCGGCUAAAGGUGUCCUACGAACAACGCUCUCUAAACCAGACUUGAUAUCCGACUAUAUUCCAGUAGAUGUCGCUAUAAAAAGCUUUAUAGCCGCCGCCUGGAUUCGAGGAACUAAAAAAUUAGAAAAAACCGAUGACAUUCCCAUAUACAAUGCCUGUGCAGGCUCCCUAAAUAACAUCACAAUGAAAGAUAUGAGAGACAUCGGUUUUAAAGUUAUAGAAACUGUGCCAUUGGACGAUACUCUAUGGGCGGCCUCUGGUGGCAUCACUAGUUCACGGUUUAAAUAUAAUAUGAGUGUUAUAUUCGAGCAUUUAUUACCAGCUCUAGUUGUUGAUGCAAUUUAUGUGAUGAUGGGAAAGAAACCAAUAUUAACUAAAAUACAACGACGCAUAUAUUCCGUGCAAAUAGCACUCCAAUACUACACGACACAGCAAUGGACGUUUUGCAAUGAAAACUUUAUAAAACUAAGAUCAGCUAUAAAGGAUAUUGACAAGAAUGAGUUUUAUUAUGAAAUAGAAGAAAUAGAUCAAUUAAAAUAUAUGGAGAAGUCGACGCAUGGGGCCAGGAAGUAUAUUUUGAAAGAAAAAGAUGAGGAUAUUCCUAAAGCUAUAGAGCAUAAUAAGAGAUUAAAAAUUCUACAGCAGCUUGUCCAUGGUCUCUUCUAUACAUAUAUGGGAUGGUGGAUUGUUAACUCAAAUGUUGUACAAAGUUACCUGUAAUGAGAAACUGUGACGUUAUUUCUCGCGCGAAAUGAAUAAAAAAAAAAUAUCACAGAGUAUAAAUGAAAGAUGUGAAGAAAAUAUGGUGUGAUCAUGGUGUGAUACAAUUUUGACUGUGGACUAUGGUCCAUAAUUUUGAAUAAAAUUUUAUUAUUUGUUG